CCUGCAUUAAAUUAAUAUCCUGAACGUAUUACGACGAAAAGAUUCAAUGGAAAGGUAUGGAUUUUUUUACUAACUUGCGUGUGAGGUGAGUGUCCGGGAAUAUUUUUGAUCCCUGAAUGUUCCUAAAUCUUCAACAAAAACAACAUGCCAUCUCUGACUUAAUAUUUAUCUGUCAUCUAUAAGCUCUAAAACGGCGCUGGUGAUAGUUGACUAGAUCCAGGAGAUAGUUUUUUGGGAAGCGUGACAGCCAUUCAAAUAAAUUUGCCUUGCUUUUUAUGUAUCUUAUCUCGCAUAUUACGGUGGCUUUACAAAGUUUUGGAUGAUGAAGGGACGAUGAAUGCAAAACCUGCCGUGUAAGACGAUUCAUAUUUUUAAAUUUUAUAGUUCACGGGAUAGGGAAGAUUUUCGUGACUUAAAUCAGUCCGGUAGGUCAGAUUAUUUCGGAAACAGUCCUUUAACGCUAUAUAGUCCGAAAAAAAAAUUAAAUGGCAUGUGAUAUGUGAUAAGUAGAAGUCCAUAUGUUUUACCAUCUUUCUAACUCUAUCUUUCACUUGCGUUUAAGUACCUAUAUAUGCUUUGGCAUGCAUGUGUUUCACUCAACUCUUUUCGAAGUGCAAUUCCCAUAAUUUGCACAUUUGUCAAGAUUCAACUGUGAUAAUUGAUCAGUUAACGGUCUUGUAUGCCAACAAUUCAAAGCCGAUUAAUAAUCGUAUUGGUCCCCACUGCUUAUUAAAGCUGCGUGAUUCAUUAAACUGGACCAGUUUUACCUGCACGCACAGGAGAGAAACACAGCCGUUUAAUCUCGGUUGAAGAAACAAUAUUUUAAAGAAGAUAAGAAAAACUGAUAACAGAGAAAAUGGUGCAGAUUUUAAGGCGAAACAUGAUUUGCUGCUUCCUCCAAUCACUGCUGUUUUUACCACUGUUCUCACAAAAGGUGAUUGGUAGAACAAGAUUGCAAGGCAACUGUGUUGUCAGAGAUGGACGAGAUGGUGUCAGAGGUCCCCCCGGAAUACCAGGUCAUCCAGGCCCCCCAGGAAGAGAUGGUCGAGAUUGUACUGCCAACUGGUCACUGGAUAAGGUUUUUGAGCUGGAAAAACGUCUCAGCGAGUUGAACUCAAAAUAUCAGUUCAUCGAAACAAACGCCCAGGAGAUGAAAGAAGAAUUGGUAGCCAGCAAACAACAAGCACAGCAGUUGUUUCAAGUAUUGGCAGCAAAGAAAAUCUUAGAACCUGAUAUCCUUGGGCACGAAAACAACCUUCUCCCGGCAGUAUCCCCAAUAAGACACCAUGCACGGAUUGGCUCUAUUCUAUCAACCCCAGAACCAACCCUCACACCUACUGACACCCCUGUCCGUAAUCAGAAGUGCAAAACACGACUAGCAUUUCAUGUCCAUGACCGCGUAAAAACUAAGGGAGCAGUGAACAUGGAGAUAUUCACCAUAGGACAAAGCACUUUUCUCGCAGCAGCAAAUUUCCAUGCAGUUCCGGAUGGUUACAAUACAGCCUCAUUUAUCUACAAGAUGAACUCAACCUCAGAGAAAUUCGAAAAGCUUCAAACGCUACCUACGAUUGGCUGCCGUUCAAUAACGUAUGUAUCCAGUCAAGGAAACUCGUACCUAGUAGCCGCGAACCACUAUAACGGAAGAACACAUGUGCUGGACUCGGCCAUUUACAGGUGGAACGGUCAUAGGUUUGUGAACUACACCAACAUUGAAACACAAGGUGCAUCCGCGUCGGAGUUCUUCGAAAUAAACGGAGAGAGUUACCUCGUGUUUGCAAACUAUAGAAAUGACACGAGUGUGUCAAUAUUUUCGGUGGUGUAUAGAUGGAACCGAGGAAAUCUUGAGAUUUUUCAAAAAAUACCAACGCACGGUGCAGUCGACUGUAAAUUCUUUCGAAGCAAAGCAGGACGGAUUCUCUUAGUCUUCGCAAAUUAUUACUCUAUCAACGACGGAUUUAAGGUUAAGUCGGUGGUGUAUCAAUGGAACGGACGCCGUUUCGUCUUUGCACAGAGUUUAAGAACAUCGGCGGCUAUAAGUGUUGAUUUAUUUGAAAAUAACGACGGAUUGUUUUUAGUGUUCGCGAGUCAUCGCAGUAAGCGUUCCUGGCAUUCUGAGACAAAUGUGUUUCGAUGGAAUGGAACUGAGUUUGCCUUGUUUCAAAAACUGCAAACAACUGCAGCUAUAAAGGUUAAUCACUUCGUUGCCGAUGGCAUAAUGUAUCUCACCAUUGCGAAAUAUUUUGAUGUCAUCACAAGCUUCGAAACACAUUCCAUGAUCUACAGAUUCAAAGACGGUCGUUUUGGUAAAUUCCAAAGAAUCCCGACGACGGGCGCAUACGAUCUACAGCCGUUCACUCACCGAGGUGUUUCGUACCUCGCCGCUGCCUUCCGCUUCAAUGGCGUGCGAGGAAAUCUGAAAAGUAAAAUUUAUAAAAUGCACAAAGGAUGCGUGAAAAACGUUUUACCCUAAUUUCAGCUUUGCACCUCAAAUGAACUAUAUAUGCUUUAUGAUAUAUAUCAUAUGUAAUUGAAUAUUAUAAGUUCUGACGAGAAUGCUUGUUAGUGUGUUAUGUACUAUUUCACAUACUCGCUCGCCUGUGAAACUACUGUAUAUAUGCAAAGUACUUUAUAUAAAAACGGAGUAAAAACUUGUUAUGGCUAAGAUUAGAAAUAGGAUUAUAUCAA